UGGCAAAAGGAUUGGGUCUCCUGACUCCCCUUUUUGUUUUGCAGGAGAGAUCAGCCAGGUGUCUGAUGCUACUUUCUCUUCUGAAUGGAGCAGAAGUGGAUGGUAGUUCUAUGAAUUGUUUUAUUCUGUCUGUCCUUUGGUCACCUUUUUAACGUGUGCUGCUCAUGUUCCUCUUAGGUCCGUAUGUGCUAACUGGGGCUUGCAGGGCUAAGUCAUGCUUUAGCUCAUCCCUCCCGCCCACUCUGUCGUGCCCCGAACCACAUGCAAGAGACAAAGGGCUGGGAGUUGUGGUGGUCAGUCUCACUAUGGCUUCAUCAUGUAAGGGCCACUGUAAUCUGUAUCUUUGGCAGUUGUUUCAUAUGUGGCUCCUGCUGCUUUUGUGCUACCCAUCAGAGACAAAGGCAUUUUGUUCUAAAGUCAGGAAUCAGAUCUCUGGGUUCUUGGUUUGUUUUUUUUCUGCUGUCAUAUCAAUGUGAAUGAAAUAGAUGUAUUGAUUGCCUGUGUGGGAAUUGGAAAGGAAGAGGACCAUGAUUUAAAAAAGAAGAGCUAUAUCUUAACAGAGUUCUACAUUCAGAUUUUGAAUCUAGCCUUGAUGUGGGAAAAUCGAGAAGGAGGCUCCAUCAGUCAAAACUCAAUCUAAAAGUUAUGGUAUCCUGCAGUUCUACAUCAUGACUGCUAGGGUGGAGAAGAGUGGGGAGGACGAUUAAAAGGAAAAGAAGCAGAAAUCUAUUACUUCCAUCUCUGGUGCUGUGAAAUCCAUCAGUUUGUACAGCAGCCAAAAUGGCAUGGCUUCAAGAACGGACUUUACCUUCCAGUAGUGCCCUGCCUCGAGUGCGACUGACAAUGGAAUUAAUGAGGCACAGACAGUGGGAAAGGGGUAACGUGAACUCAUGUUUCAUGCACUGCACAAUGCUCUCACCUGCUACUGCGGGACUUUCUUAAGAGCAGCAGCAGCUGCAAAUCUUUGUCUGGCAGAUGUUUGCACCUGAGUAAGUGGCUCAGAAAUGUGUGAGGGAACAACUGCAAGAACUGGGGGGCAGUUUUAGGACAUUUAACUUUGUUCACACUAGAAAGCUUGGUGGAGUGGUGAGCUAGGCACAGUCCUCAAGGCUGGCUCACUGCCUGCCAACAAGAAAAAAGUCCAUGGGCUGCUCUGGCCUGAAGACUCAGAUCAUAGAAUCACAGAAUUGUUUGAGCUGGAAGGGAUCCUUAAAGGCCAUGUGGUCCAACUCCCCUGCAAUGAACAGGGACACCUAUACCAGAUUAGGUGCUCAGAGCCUCGUCCUGCCUGACCUGGGGUCUCUCCAGGGACAGGGUAUCCACCACCUCUCUGGGCAACCUGUGCCCAUGCUUCACCACCUUUUUUGUAAAAAACCUCUUCCUUAUAUCCAAUCUAAAUCUUCUCGUUUGAAAUCAUUUCUCCUUGACAUGUUCCCUCCUUCAGGGAGACCUGAUAGUGUUGUUCAGUACCUAAAGGGGAGGCUGUAAGAAAGAAGGGGACAGAAUCCUUAGUGGGAUCUUUGUGACAGGACAAGGGGAAAUAGUUUCAAACUAAAAGAGGGAAGAUUUUGAUUUAGAUAUCAUGACCGAAUCCUCUGAAUGUUUUAUGCUUAUGACUCUUUAUAACUGUACAUAAUGCCUGAUCUUACAGUAUUUUUAGUUGUAACCUUUAGAAAUACAGCCAUCAAGACAGCAGAAGUGACAAACACUUCCUUGAGCUGGAGGACUGCGUUAAUGUGCAAGCAAGAGAAAAACUAUAAAAAAGGCAAUGAUUGCUUGUUUCUAACCCAGUGCUAUAAAAAAAAAAAAAAGAAAAGAAAAAGCUAUUAAUCAAAGAAAAAGCAACACAGUAAUGAAAGUGAAAACAAGCAUUUUAAAGAAAGGAGAUAAGAAAAGCACAAUUCUCCAUCCCCAUAGAGAGAAAUGGAUACUUUUCCAAAAGACAGAGGGUUGUUGGGUGCUGAACAUGGACAACUGAGAAAAAUGAAUGAAGCUCCACCUUUCAGGUACUCUGCCAUCAAUGUUUUGUUCUCACGCCAAAUUCCUGGACUAUAAAAAUCUGCCUUAUAAGCCAAGAAAAAAACACUUCCCUAGAAGGAUUUUCAAGUUACCACUUCAUGGCAAGAUGGAAAUAAAAAAGGGGAGGUCAUUUUGGAUCUUCUGCCUCAUUUGGAGUUUUUGCAAGGGGAAAGAACCAGUUCAGAUAGUUCAGGUCUCCACUGUUGGUAGGAGCGAGUGUACCACCUGGGGCAAUUUCCACUUUCACACAUUUGACCACGUUAAAUUCACUUUUCCUGGAACCUGCACAUACGUCUUUGCUUCUCACUGCAAUGACAGCUACCAGGACUUCAACAUCAAAAUCAGACGCAGUGACAAAAACAGUCACCUGAUCUACUUCACUGUCACUACUGAUGGAGUGGUCUUGGAGGUGAAAGAGACAGGCAUCACAGUGAAUGGGAACCAGAUCCCUCUGCCCUUCAGCUUGAAGAGUGUCCUGAUUGAGGACACCUGCACUUACUUCCAAGUCACCUCCAAGCUGGGUCUGACGCUGAAGUGGAACUGGGCUGACACUCUCCUACUGGACCUGGAAGAAACAUAUAAAGAGAAAAUAUGUGGUCUGUGUGGGAACUAUGAUGGCAAUAAGAAGAAUGAUUUAAUUUUGGACGGAUAUAAAAUGCACCCAAGGCAGUUUGGGAAUUUUCACAAAGUUGAGGAUCCAUCAGAAAAGUGUCCUGAUGUGAGGCCAGAUGACCACAGUGGAAGACAUCCUACAGAGGAUGACAAUAGAUGCAGUAAAUAUAAAAAGAUGUGCAAGAAACUUUUGUCUCGAUUUGGAAACUGCCCCAAAGUGGUUGCUUUUGAUGAUUAUGUAGCUACCUGCACUGAGGAUAUGUGCAACUGUGAGGUUAAUUCUUCUCAUUCUGAUUUGGUUUCCAGCUGCAUAUGCAGCACUUUAAACCAAUACUCUCGAGACUGUGUCCUCAGCAAAGGAGAUCCUGGGGAAUGGAGAAGCAAAGAGCUUUGCUAUCAGGAAUGCCCAAGCAACAUGGAGUACAUGGAAUGUGGAAACUCCUGUGCUGACACCUGCGCUGACCCGGAAAGGAGCAAGAUAUGCAAAGCCCCUUGUACAGAUGGUUGCUUCUGUCCUCCUGGAACUAUCCUUGAUGACCUCAGUGGCAAAAAAUGUGUUCCCAGAGACAGCUGUCCCUGUAUGUUUCAAGGCAAAGUCUACUCAUCUGGAGGGACUUACUCCACUCCUUGCCAAAACUGUACUUGCAAAGGGGGCCACUGGAGCUGUAUCUCUCUGCCUUGUUCUGGAAGCUGCAGUAUAGAUGGAGGAUUCCACAUAACAACAUUUGAUAAUAAGAGGUUCAGUCUUCAUGGUAACUGCCAUUAUGUCUUAGCUAAGAACACCAAUGACACAUUUGUGGUGAUUGGGGAGAUCAUCCAGUGUGGGACGUCAAAGACAAUGACUUGCUUAAAGAAUGUCUUAGUCACACUAGGAAGAACAACUAUAAAAAUCUGUUCCUGUGGAAAUAUCUACAUGAACAAUUUCAUUGUGAAGCUUCCAGUAAGCAAAGAUGGCAUCACCAUCUUCAGACCCUCAACAUUUUUCAUCAAAAUCUUGAGCUCAGCUGGAGUACAGAUUCAAGUGCAAAUGAAACCUUUGAUGCAGCUCUCCAUAACAGUUGAUCAUUCUUAUCAGAAUGGCACAUCUGGUCUUUGCGGCAAUUUCAAUAACAUCCAGACUGACGAUUUCAGAACAGCCACUGGAGCUGUAGAAGAUUCAGCUGCUGCUUUUGGUAACUCUUGGAAAACCAGAGCCAGCUGUUUUGAUGUCGAGGACAGCUUUGAAGAUCCUUGUUCAAACAGUGUGGAUAAAGAAAAAUUUGCCCAACAUUGGUGUGCUCUUCUGUCUAAUACAAGCAGUACAUUUGCUGCCUGCCAUUCUGUUGUAGACCCUUCUGUGUACAUCAAGAGGUGUAUGUACGAUACCUGCAAUGCUGAGAAGAGUGAAGUUGCACUGUGUAGUGUGCUCUCUACUUACUCCAGAGACUGUGCUGCAGCAGGCAUGACCCUUCAGGGCUGGAGGCAGGGGAUCUGUGAUCCCUCAGAGGAGUGUCCUGAGACUAUGGUUUAUAACUAUAGCGUGAAGUACUGCAACCAGUCUUGCCGCUCGCUGGAUGAAGCUGAUCCGCUGUGUAAAGUUCAGAUUGCUCCUAUGGAGGGCUGUGGUUGCCCUGAAGGGACCUACCUCAAUGAUGAGGAGGAAUGUGUGACUCCAGAUGACUGUCCUUGCUACUACAAAGGCAAGAUUGUUCAGCCUGGCAACUCUUUUCAGGAAGACAAGCUGUUGUGCAAAUGCAUUCAAGGAAGAUUAGACUGCAUUGGAGAAACUGUCCUGGUAAAAGAUUGCCCAGCUCCUAUGUACUACUUCAACUGCAGCUCGGCGGGUCCUGGUGCCAUUGGAUCAGAGUGUCAGAAGAGCUGUAAGACGCAGGACAUGCACUGUUAUGUCACAGAAUGUGUCUCUGGCUGCAUGUGUCCCGAUGGGCUGGUGUUGGAUGGCAAUGGGGGAUGUAUUCCCAAAGACCAAUGUCCAUGUGUCCAUGGAGGGCACUUUUAUAAACCUGGUGAAACCAUCAGAGUUGACUGCAACACAUGCACCUGUAACAAAAGGCAGUGGAACUGCACAGACAAUCCCUGCAAAGGAACCUGCACUGUGUAUGGCAACGGGCACUACAUGAGCUUUGAUGGGGAGAAGUUUGAUUUCCUGGGAGACUGUGACUAUAUCUUAGCUCAGGAUUUUUGUCCCAAUAACAUGAAUGCUGGCACCUUCCGAAUUGUAAUUCAGAACAAUGCCUGUGGGAAGUCACUCUCCAUCUGCUCCCUAAAGAUCACACUGAUUUUUGAGAGCAGUGAAAUCAGGCUUUUAGAAGGAAGAAUUCAGGAGAUAGCCACUGAUCCAGGAGCUGAGAAGAAUUAUAAGGUGGAUCUCAGAGGAGGUUAUAUUGUGAUUGAAACAACUCAAGGGAUGAGCUUCAUGUGGGACCAGAAGACGACAGUUGUUGUUCAUGUGACACCAUCUUUCCAGGGAAAAGUCUGCGGCCUUUGUGGGGACUUCGAUGGCCGCUCAAGGAAUGACUUCACAACCAGAGGGCAGUCUGUGGAGAUGAGCAUCCAGGAGUUUGGAAACAGCUGGAAAAUAACAAGCACCUGCUCCAAUAUCAACAUGACAGACCUGUGUGCUGAUCAGCCUUUCAAAUCUGCCUUGGGACAGAAGCACUGCAGCAUCAUUAAGAGUAGUGUCUUUGAAGCAUGCCACAGUAAGGUGAAUCCAAUACCAUAUUAUGAAUCCUGUGUUUCUGACUUCUGUGGCUGUGACAGUGUGGGAGACUGUGAGUGCUUUUGUACCUCGGUGGCUGCUUAUGCAAGAAGCUGUAGCACAGCUGGUGUCUGUAUCAACUGGAGAACGCCAGCCAUCUGCCCUGUGUUCUGUGAUUACUACAAUCCACCUGACAAACAUGAGUGGUUCUAUAAACCCUGUGGAGCACCUUGUCUAAAGACCUGCAGGAACCCACAAGGAAAAUGUGGAAACAUACUGUACAGUUUAGAAGGCUGUUACCCAGAGUGUAGCCCUGACAAGCCCUAUUUUGAUGAGGAGAGGAGGGAGUGCGUCUCCCUCCCUGACUGCACUUCAUGCAAUCCUGAAGAGAAGCUGUGUACCGAAGACUCCAAAGAUUGCCUUUGUUGCUACAACGGGAAGACCUACUCAUUAAAUGAAACUAUAUACAGCCAGACCGAUGGGACUAAGUGUGGUAAUGCUUUCUGUGGCCCUAAUGGAGUGAUCAUUAAAACAUUCAUCCCCUGCAGUACGCCAUUCGCACCAGCACAAGAACAACUUAUGCAGCCUGUAACAUCACCGUUACCACCGUUAUCAACAGAAGCCACUCCCUGUUUCUGCACUGACAAUGGACAAUUGAUACAAAUGGGAGAAAAUGUUUCUCUGCCAAUGAAUAUAUCAGGUCAUUGUGCUUACUCCAUUUGCAAUGCAUCGUGCCAGAUUGAAUUAAUCUGGGCAGAGUGUAAAGUCGUUCAAACUGAGGCCCUUGAGACCUGUGAACCAAACUCUGAAGCCUGUCCACCAACAGCUUCUCCCAAUGCAACAAGCCUAAUUCCUGCUACCACGUUGGUUCCUGUGAGCGACUGUCUUGGGCUCGUUCCUCCUAGAAAGUUCAAUGAAUCAUGGAACUUUGGAAACUGCCAGAUUGCCACUUGCCUGGGAGAAGAAAAUAAUAUUAAACUGUCCAGCAUCACUUGUCCUCCUCAGCAGCUGAAACUCUGUGUCAAUGGUUUCCCAUUCAUGAAACACCGUGAUGAAGCUGGUUGCUGUGAAGUCUUUGAGUGCCAGUGUAUUUGCAGUGGGUGGGGAAAUGAGCAUUAUGUGACUUUUGAUGGAACAUAUUAUCACUUCAAAGAAAACUGCACGUAUGUCCUCGUGGAGUUAAUUCAGCCCAGCUCUCAAAAGUUCUGGAUUCACAUAGAUAACUACUACUGUGGUGCCACCGAUGGAGCAAUUUGUUCAAUGUCCCUACUCAUUUUUCACUCCAAUUCUCUUGUUAUUCUGACACAAGCAAAGGAACAUGGAAAAGAAACAAACUUGGUUUUGUUUAAUGAUAAGAAAGUUGUUCCAGACAUCUCCAAGAAUGGAAUCAGGAUAACCAGUUCUGGCCUUUACAUUAUUGUUGAAAUACCUGAGUUAGAAGUUUAUGUCUCUUACAGUCGACUUGCAUUUUACAUAAAACUCCCUUUUGGAAAGUAUUAUAAUAAUACCAUGGGACUGUGUGGUACAUGUACCAACCAGAAGUCUGAUGAUGCUAGAAAGAGGAAUGGUGAAGUCAUUGAGUCCUUCAAAGAGAUGGCUUUGGAUUGGAAAGUCCCUGUUUCUACCAACAGAUACUGUAACCCAGGCAUCUCAGAACCAGCUAAGAUUGAAAAUUAUCAGCACUGUGAGCCUUCUGAGCUGUGUAAAGUCAUCUGGAACCUGACUGAGUGCCACCACGUGGUCCCCCCGCACCCCUACUAUGAGGCAUGUGUGGCCAGCAGGUGCUCACAGCAGCACCCCAGCACUGAGUGCCAGAGCAUGCAGACAUAUGCAGCCUUGUGUGGGCUCCACGGGGUCUGUGUGGACUGGAGGGGGCAGACGAGGGGGCAGUGCGAGGCCACCUGUGCUCGGGAUCAGGUCUACAAGCCUUGUGGGGAAGCAAAAAGAAACACUUGCUUCAGCAGAGAAGUUGUUAUGGACACCUUCCCCUCACAAAACAACACACCAGUGUUUGUUGAGGGAUGUUACUGCCCUGAUGGAAAUAUUCUGCUGAAUGAACAUGAUGGCAUCUGUGUUUCUGUCUGCGGUUGCACUGCACAAGAUGGAUCGGUGAAACAGCCUAGGGAGGCUUGGGAGCAUGACUGUCAAUACUGUACUUGUGAUGAAGAGACCUUCAAUAUCUCUUGCUUCCCCCGCCCUUGUGCUAAAUCCCCACCAAUCAACUGCACUAAAGAGGGCUUUGUACGUAAAAUAAAACCACGUCUGGAUGAUCCAUGCUGCACAGAGACAGUCUGUGAAUGUGAUAUAAAAACUUGCAUUAUCAACAAAACAGCGUGCGACUUAGGUUUCCAGCCAGUGGUAGCUAUAUCUGAGGAUGGUUGUUGCCCUAUCUUCUCCUGUAUACCAAAAGGUGUAUGUGUUUCUGAAGGAGUUGAAUUUAAGCCUGGAGCAGUGGUGCCAAAAAGCUCUUGUGAAGACUGUGUGUGCACGGAUGAGCAGGAUGCUGUGACGCAAACCAACCGCAUCCAAUGCAUCCCAGUGAAAUGCCAAACCACCUGCCAGCAGGGUUUCCGCUACGUGGAAAAGGAAGGUCAGUGCUGCAGCCAGUGUCAGCAAGUGGCUUGUGUGGCAAACUUUCCAUUUGGCAGUGUGACCAUUGAGGUUGGAAAGAGUUAUAAAGCACCAUAUGAUAACUGUACUCAGUACACAUGCACCGAAUCAGGGGGCCAGUUCUCCUUGACUAGUACAGUAAAGGUCUGCCUACCAUUUGAAGAAUCAAACUGCGUCCCAGGGACUGUUGAUGUGACUUCAGAUGGCUGUUGCAAGACUUGUAUUGACUUGCCACAUAAAUGCAAACGCAGCAUGAAAGAGCAGUACAUUGUUCACAAGCAUUGUAAGUCUGCUGCUCCAGUCCCAGUGCCCUUCUGCGAAGGGACGUGCAGUACCUAUUCUGUGUAUUCCUUUGAGAACAAUGAAAUGGAACAUAAAUGCAUUUGCUGCCAUGAAAAAAAGAGUCACAUAGAGAAGGUGGAACUGGUUUGCUCUGAGCAUAAGACACUCAAAUUCACGUAUGUGCACGUGGAUGAAUGUGGAUGCGUGGAAACCAAGUGUCCAAAGAGGAGAACAUGAGCAUAAACUAAAGGAUACAUUUCAGCUCCUGUUUCACGCUUCUCUAGCAAGUGGGUAGUUUAGAAAACAGCUGUGAGUAACCUUCAAGUGAUGGUACUUCUCUCCUGUGCCUUUUCUUUCUGAUAUUAUAUGCAGUUAUGGAAAUUAGCUGAAGAUUUUGCUCUAAAUGUCUGUGGAAUAAACUGCAUUUCAAAGGGAACUCAUUCUCUUGUUUCAGUGAUGCUGCUAAAGGGGCAAGGUAGCUAAUGGCUUUAAUCCCAUAGUGCUGUAUAAACCAAGGUUAUCACAAAGCACUACAAAGAAAGCUCAUGCCUUUCAAAAGUCCUGCCUGAAGAAAGUGGACAUUACAAAAUCAUGAUGAGAUGCUUCAACUGAUUUUCCUCAGAAGGGGAACAUUAAUUAUUUCCACAAGGUGGUUCAGUUGGAAAUGCAGGUCUCAGUGCAGGGGCACAUUGGUGAUCUGCUCCCCCGUGGUCCCAGGCCUACUUUGGCAACAAAAUCAAGGUCACUGCAGAAAAGCAAGGUGCCUUUUAACUUCUACACAGCAAAUACUACACCAGGAGUGUAAAAACAUGCUUUAAGUGUACACUACAAUAUUAAUAGAUUCACGUCCUCUCGCUGUUUUUUCAUCAUUAGCUAACAUCAAAGUUCAAGCUGUGCGUUUGGUGUGAGAGGCCAAUGUUCUGAUCCACUGCUCCUUGCACAACUAUGAUUAGUGGUAUAAGCAAUUUACUCCCAGAUAGCACGUUCCAUGAGACAGGGUGUUUGUGACAGUAUUUUAUCUAGACAGGGGUCAAAAUAGCUCAGCAAUACCUUCAGAGCGUGCAGGUAAGGCAGAUGUUUCAGCUGCUUGAGCAAUUUGGGCUUUUUGUGACCUGAAAGGGGACUAAGAACUGGGACUUAAGAGCACACUGACCUACAACCUGCUGAGCAGGGGUUUGGGAGCUGUUUUGGAGCGCAUAGCUUUGAACUAACACAGCAGCUAACAAGUGCGCUAACUCUUAGUUUACCAUUUUAAAAUGCUGCAGCUACUGAGCUCCAAGUAAUCUCUUAUUUAAUUCUUUUUCAUAAUAAAUCAUUGUAAUCGAUGUCAGGUUAUUUUCAAGUAUGCUGUCUCAUCAUGGUGUAACCGAUCUUAAAGCUGCUGGAAUUCUUGACUUUGAAUAGGUGUAGGAAUUGAAUGAUAUAAUUUUUUCUUCAUCCCUAUGUGAUAGGUCCAUGCUUAUUUGAUCGUUACAGUGAUGCAACAGAGCAGCCCACAUUGUUUCUGUGGGAUUCAGCACAGCUGGUUUUAAAUAACUAGUUCUCCAUCCUCUUUCUGGAAUGAUUUCUCUCCUCCUGAGAAUGGUGUGUUAGAAGCCUUAGGGAAGGCACUCAUUUUGCUGCACUGAGAGCCACUGUAGCUGAGCGAGAAAGCUGAAGUCAGAGGAGGUCUAUUUCAUUCUUUGUCUUUAUUUUGUUUCUUUAAAAACAGUGAAAGAUAGGCUGGUUGUUCCUAAUAAUAGCAGUGGGAACAGUUUAUUGCAAUGGGAAUAACACAGUGCAGGCAUUUUUGGUAAACACCAGCAAAAAAAUUCAGCAAGAUGUUUGUGCUGCUAACAAAUUGCAAGUAAACCUUCCAUUCCCAACUUCUGUCGUAGUCAAUGGACCAGCUUGGGUAUAAAUGAUAGAAAUCCUCAAAUAAUUCAGAUAAACAUCAGUGCAAUGCAACUCCCUUGGAAGGCAUGUGUUGCACUUGCUUGCAACACAUAAUUUGCACGUUAUAAAUUGCACAUUAGCCCAGAUAAUGUUUUUACUGAUACAAAUCAAGCACAGGCCUGCUUUUGCAAUGCAAAGAACAUCAGCAAGGAAGAGGAACGUUCCUUCCUUUCCAUCUUUUCCUGAGGGGGAAGAAAUCAUCCUUGAAUGCUUUUUGUCAUCAGAAGACUAAACAGACUUGAAAGUAUUCAGAUACAAACUCAUUUAAGCCCUGGAAAUCAAUCAUUCUCAAUAGGACUUCUCAGCUAGAAUAUUAGUGGAAGCCCUUUCAAUUUCUGCUUUAUUUUCAGAUGGGAGAAGGACAGGAAACACAAAAAAAUCUUAUCAGACGCACUUAGAAGUCUGUUCUCCUGUGUAUUUUACUGGUGCUGAGGCUUUAUCCAAAAACUGAGAAUGCCAUUGACUGAAAGGCUUAUUUUCCUGUUCAUUUUUUUGACAUGCAUUUUGCUUUUUAGACAAAUGAAAGGCAAGUAAAAUUAUUUUAGCUUAGAGCUAGAACAGCUUAUUUCCACCUGCUGUGUGCUUUCAAACAGAGGAACGUAUGAAACCCUUCUCUCUUCAAACCAUCCUUGUUACUUCACUUACUCAGUCAGUCUGGCAUUUACCUGGCCUGUGCUGUACUGUCUACAGCGCCAGUGGCCAGGAUCCUCUGUUUGCAGAUGUAGAGUCCUAGUUGGAUAAGAUGUAGGCAACAAGGUGAAGUCAAUUUAACAAAAACGUUCAGGUUCCUCAGCUCAGAGACAGUCAAUGGGCCAAACACCCUCCCUUGCCCCACAUGCAUGAAAAUAUAGGGACAAAAAUCUGCCUGAAAGCCCCACUUGGCCUGUGGGGUAUGACCAAGUUUACCAAGAUAGGACUACAGCCAGCUCUGCCAGGAAAAAACUGUGCAGCUACUUCUCAUAUGUGCAUGCUCAACCACUCAUUUGCAGCCUCAGAGAAACUCUUCCAGUCUGCAAGUCAGACAUUCUCCAGCAUAAUGCAAGAAAGAUCAGUGGCGUUGCUCCAAGUACUGUUUCUUCAGUUCUGUGUGAAUUCUUUGCAUUGGCAUCCACUUUACUAGGGUAGACUCAGGAGAACUACCUUUGGAUGAGCCAGUCAAACCAGGGCUCAGCUGGUUUU